GCGAAUUACAGCGGCGGGCGGGGUUUAAGUGAGUAUGGGCGGGGUUGAGUGCGUGUGGGCGGGGUUUAGGCGAGUCCGGGCGGGGUUUGUGUCUCGCGCUCCAGUCCUGAGGAAAAGUUCUCGUCGAGUGAAACUCCGCAUUAGUUGCUAUAAUAGUUUGUUUCGAUGUUGUUUGUGAAAGCACACGGUUAAUGUCACCGAUCCGCGGAUAUUAACGGAGAUUAACGGAGGAGGUUCACGCUGCUGGACUGACAGAAGUGUGUGUUUUGCAGGAGUGAGUUUCUGUCCCGUUGGAUGACCGGAUUGAUGUCGCUGAUUUCAGAUCUGAUUUGAGAUGGAUCAUGUUUGCUGGAUUAUUUCUCUCUUCUGGUUCGUGUGGAUUGGACUCGUCACAGCAGAAGAAGAGGUGCUGAUAAACACUAAACUAGAAACAUCUGAUCUGAGAUGGACUGUUUACCCCAGCAGUGACCCUGAGUGGGACGAGAUGAGCGGUUUGGAUGAAGAGGGCAACAGUGUCCGUACGUUUCAGAUCUGUCCGAUGGAGAGUUCAGUGAGUCACUGGUUGAGGACGAGGUUUAUCCCGCGCCGUGGAGCAUCUCAGGUGUACAUGGAGAUCCGUUUCACCAUGAUGGAGUGUUCAGCCAUGCCGUCCAACUACCGCACAUGCAAAGAGACCUUUAACCUUUAUUACUACCAGAGCGACGAGGACAACGCCACACCCACACACCCCACCUGGAUGGAGAACCCUUACAGCAAGGUGGACACGGUCGCGGCGGACUUCCUGUUGCGUCGCGGAGGCGAGAGGAAGUCCAACGUGAAGACGGUUCGUGUGGGUCCUCUCUCAAAGAAAGGCUUCUAUCUGGCAUUCCAGGCGCAGGGGGCGUGUAUGGCCCUGCUGUCCAUCAGGGUGUUCCUCAAAAAGUGUCCCGCCGUCACGAGGGCGUUCUCCUCCUUCCCUGAAACGCUCCCUCAUUCGCUGGUGCAGCAGGCGGAGGGCGUGUGUGUGGCUAACUCCGCCCCCACAGGCCAGAAUCCACACCCACCCACCAUGUUCUGUGGUGAAGACGGCCAGUGGGUGGGGCCUCCGUCGUCGUCGUGUGCGUGUAAUCCGGGACACGAGCCCGUGGACUCUGAUCGCUGUAAACCGUGUGGAUCGAGUCAGUAUAAAGCAUCCGUUGGCAGCAGUUUGUGUCGUGUGUGUCCUGAGAACAGUAACACACAUUCAUCAGGAUCCAGUGUGUGUUUGUGUCACCCCGGGUUCUACAGAGCGGCCGAUGAGCUCUCCGACAUGGCCUGCACUAAACCGCCGUCUGCGCCGCGCAGCAUCAUCGCUCAGACCAACGAUACGGUGGUGACGCUGGAGUGGUCAGAACCGCUGGACCAUGGUGGCCGCUCCGAUCUCACGUACAGCAUCGAGUGUGUGCACUGCGGAGCGUUCAUGUGUGUUCCCUGCGCAGACAGCGUCACCUACAGGCCGGGGCAGGUGGGCGUGACCGGGAGGCGUGUCAUCAUCCGCGGGCUCCUCCAACACACCACGUACACCUUCACAGUCCUCGCUCGGAACGGCGUGAGCGCUGUCAGUUACACAAGCCCCGCCUCCACUGCCAUCAACGUCACCACCAGCAGAGACGUGACAGUUCCUGUAUCAGGUAUCAAGAGAACGGGAGCAUCGGAGACGAGUGUGUCACUCAGUUGGACGGUUCCUCCACCGAUGCAUCACAACCUUCAGGAGUAUCAGCUGAGAUACACUUUACAGGGUCAGGAUGACGGCUGGCAGUACAUCAGCAGUAAGAGUAACUCUGUGGUUCUGAAUGGUCUCAGUCGUGCGUCACAGUAUCAGGUCCAGAUCCGAGCCAGGACCGUCGCUGGAUACGGACACUUCAGUCCCACUGCUGCCAUCAGAACGCUUCCUGACGAAGAAGAAUCUCCGUCACGUUUGAUCCUCACUGGCGUGCUGGUCGCUGUUGGACUGCUCAUCCUCAUCGCCAUGGUGAUUGUUGCCGUGUUCUGCUUCAGGCGCUCGAGCAGGACGAGGGAUCCAGAGGCAGAUAAGAGUGCUCAGUUUCUGAUGGGACAGGGUAUUAAAGUGUACAUCGAUCCAUUUACAUACGAGGAUCCAAACGAGGCCGUGAGGGAAUUCGCCAAAGAGAUCGACGUGUCGUUUGUCAAAAUCGAGGAGGUUAUUGGUGCUGGUGAGUUCGGUGAGGUGUGUCGCGGCCGGUUGAAGGUUCCCGGUAAGAAAGAGAACUAUGUGGCCAUUAAAACACUGAAGGGCGGCUACACAGAUAAGCAGAGGCGGGACUUCCUGUCUGAGGCGUCAAUCAUGGGUCAGUUCCAGCAUCCUAACAUCAUUCACCUGGAGGGAGUGAUCACAGCUUCCUGUCCGGUCAUGAUACUGACUGAAUACAUGGAGAACGGAGCGCUCGACUCAUUCCUGAGGUUGAAUGAUGGUCAGUUCACUCCCAUUCAGUUGGUGGGAAUGUUGCGUGGAAUCGCGUCGGGUAUGAAGUAUCUGUCAGAGAUGAGUUUCGUUCACCGCGAUCUGGCCGCACGCAACAUCCUGGUCAACAGUAAUCUGGUGUGUAAGGUGUCUGACUUUGGCCUGUCCAGAUUCCUGACAGAAAACUCCUCAGACCCGACAUACACCAGCUCACUGGGUGGGAAGAUUCCGAUCCGCUGGACAGCUCCAGAAGCAAUCGCCUUCCGUAAGUUCACAUCUGCAUCAGACGUCUGGAGUUACGGGAUCGUCAUGUGGGAGGUGAUGUCAUUCGGAGAAAGACCGUACUGGGACAUGAGCAACCAGGACGUGAUCAAUGCUAUCGAGCAGGAUUAUCGUCUCCCUCCUCCGCCGGAGUGUCCCGCGUCUCUUCAUCAGCUCAUGCUGGACUGCUGGCAGAAAGAGCGAUCGUCACGCCCGCGAUUCUGCGCCAUCGUCUCCGCGCUGGACAGACUCAUACGAAACCCCGCCUCUCUCAAGAUCACGGGACGCAUCUCUGACGGGCUGUCUCACCCUCUGCUGGACCAGCGAGCUCCUCCCCCUCUGACUCAGCGCAGCUCCGUUUCUGAUUGGCUCAGAGCCAUUAAGAUGGAGCGAUAUGAGGAGAGCUUCCUGCAGGCCGGAUUCACUUCCUUUGAGCUCAUCUCACAGAUCUCCACUGAGGAUCUUCUGCGGAUCGGAGUGACUUUAGCUGGACACCAGAAGAAAAUCCUGUCCAGCAUCCAAACGCUUCGAAUCCACAAGAACAACAGCAGCACACUGAGAUACUGAGAUCAGCCAAUCAGAGAGGAGCGUCCCCAGCCAAUCACAGUGAACCGAGAAACCCAGAGAAAGAACUGAGGAAACUCUCGCUCUUUGGGGUUUUACUGGUUUUUAAUGUUUUUAUACAGACUGAUGGAUUAUUGUCCAAACAUGAGAGUGAGACAGAUCUCUAUUGACAUUGGUGACGCUCUCCACCAGUUCACUCGUGAACUUUGAACCCGAGAGGCUGUCGCGGCACAUUUGCCGCUUUGCAUUCUGGGAGUUGAACGGGAUCUUCACAUUGAAGGUUCAUUAUAAUUAUUAAACUGAGAUUAUUUUGUAAUUAUUAUUAUUAUUAUUUUGUAUUCAUAAAAACAACACGAGUAUGAAUGAAUGUUUGUUUAGCAAAGAGGGGAGCUGUCAAUCAAAUGGGCUGUAAUCUGUGUGACCAAUCAUAUUAAAGAUUUCCAAAGUUGGCCCC